AUUUAUUGUUUGGUGUAAUGGCAAACUACAUUAAUACUUCUGUGUUAUAUCUUUAUAAAUGGAUGUUUACUAUUGGUUAAACUUUACGUUUUAGGUUAAUUGUGCCAUGAACUAUACGUUUUAUAUUUUAAGAAUACGUCUUAUAUCCGUAAAGAAUUUUGUGUGGUCUUAACGUUCCUGUGGCAACACUGUGUUACGCAUAUUAUGUGUUUGUUGUUUACUGUACUAUAUUAUUACGGAAAGUGCGUGUGGCUACCUUUAUGCCUCGAAUGCACAUGUAUCAUAUGAACAUAGUGUGUUGUGAUUCGAUUAUUGGAGAGUUAAAAAUAAAUUGUAUACAAUAUUAAGAAAAAUGGGUAUAACGACAAAGCAGGAGACUCAUCGACCAGGAGUUUGCAAACAAAUUAAUAAAGCACAUAAAACAGGGAGGCAUCGAAGUAAAGGUACUAUUGGUAAUGAGAUUAAAGGGAAAACUAAUAUAAAAGUUAUAUCGAAGCAAAUUCAUAAAAAUUUAAACAGAGAUGCGCGAAGACACCAGUCUUCGCAACUCAGAAAGAAGAAGAGAGAAAAAGUUUUAGCGCAAAAACGAAAUCUUGGUGGCACCCAUUCGGCCCCUAUUCUCAUAUGCAUAAUAUCACUACAAGAAGAUUUGGUAUUAGAGCAGAUUGUUUCAAAAUUCAAAAAUGCAGAUGACACUAUAAAUGUUUAUACGAGUCCAUAUGGAAUUACUCAUAUAAGUAUACCUAGAUUUAAACAACGUUUUUCAAUUAUUGUUCCUCCUAUUGGUAACAUUAUUGCAACGUUGGAUGCAGCUAAAGUCGCAAAUACUGUGCUUUUUGUUGUUUCUGCUACCAAUAUGGCAGAUGGGACUAUUAGAGAAGAAAUUCUAGAUGCAUGGGGUAAUGAAAUAAUAGUCUCUUGUUUGGGACAAGGUUUGCCUACUACUAUUGUUGCUGUUACGAAUGUAGACAAACUACCUUUCAAGAAAUGUCAAGACUAUAAACAACAUGUAAUACAGACUCUUUCAAAGUGGCUUCCUGAAGAAAAAGUUUUCCAUUUUGAUAAACCCAUUGAUUCAUUGAAUAUCUUACGUCGGGCAGGUACACAAAAACAAAGAACUGUAUCAUAUAAAGCAAAAAGGCCGUAUUUGUUAGCGGAAGAUUUAAAGUUUAAAUCUAAUGAGGAUUCGGUUGAUCAUGGAACUCUUAUGGUCACAGGAUAUUUGCAGGGUUUAUCAUUAUCUGCAAAUGAUUUAAUACAUAUCUCUGGUUUAGGAGAUUUUCAAAUGUUACAAAUCGAUGCCGUUGAUGACCCAUAUCCGGUAGAUAAGAAUAAAUCGAAGAAGCAAUCUGGAUCUGUAGAAAUUGAUAUGAAGAGUGAUAUUUCAGUCAGAGUACUCGAGCAUGCAGAUUGUAACAAACAGGAAUCACUUGAAAGUGAAAACAUACCAGAUCUAAUGGAUGCAGAACAAAUUUGGCCCACUGAAGAAGAAUUGGCACAGGCAGUAGCUGCUCAAAAGAAAAAGGUUGUAAAAGUAGUACCAAAAGGCAUGUCUGAAUAUCAAGCAGCUUGGAUUCUUGAUGAGGAUGCUGAAUAUUCAGAAAAUGAAUCUGAUGAUAAUAUGUCUGUGGAUGGUAUAAAGUCUCAAGCAAAUAGCGAAGCUGACAUGGCAUCCGACGAAGAGUAUGAAACAAUUACAAUAUCAGAGGCGGCACCUGAUGAACGUAUAUACGAUCAGAAUAUUGACAUGAUGGAAGAAAAGGAAGCUAUGGAGAAAAUAAAGCAAGCAAAAUUGGACGUUCAGUUUCCCGACGAAGUGGAUACACCUCAACAUAUGUUGGCUAAAAUUAGAUUCCAAAAGUAUCGUGGACUUGAAUCAUUUCGAACAAGUCCUUGGGAUCCCAAGGAAAAUUUACCGCUGGACUAUGGACGCAUAUUUCAAUUUGAAAAUUUUGAUCGAACACGUAAACGAAUAUUCAAAGAAAAUCAGGAUUUAAGUGCUUUGCCUGGUUGGUACGUUACGCUUCAUGUUGCUAACGUUAAAAGAGAUCUUUUUACUGCAUUCUGUACAUUAGACAAUCGGCCAUUAAUCGUUUUUGGACUACUCCCAAACGAACAGAAAAUGUCUCUCCUAAAUAUUGUAUUAAAUCAUGCUAAUAGUUAUCAGCAAGCUAUAAAGUCUAAAGAAAGAUUAGUUUUCCAAUGUGGAUUUCGAAGAUUUUCGGCCUGCCCAAUAUUUAGUCAACAUACAAACGGAUCUAAACAUAAAUAUGAGAGAUUUUUUCAUCCAGAAACGACUAUAGUUGCGAGCAUGUAUGCACCAAUUAUCUUCCCACCAUGCCCGGUUUUAUGCUAUAUCGAGCAAAAAAAUGGUAGUUUAGAUCUAGUUGCUACUGGAAGCGUUUUAUCCGCUAACCCGGACAGAAUUAUUGUAAAAAGGGUAAUUCUAAGCGGGCAUCCCUUUAAAGUACAUAAACAUUCUGCUAUAGUUAGGUUUAUGUUUUUCCAUCGCGAAGAUAUCAACUGGUUUAAACCUGUGCAACUUAGGACAAAAUAUGGACGCAGAGGUCACAUUAAAGAACCUUUAGGUACACACGGUCAUAUGAAAUGUGUAUUUAAUGGACAGUUGAAAUCUCAAGACACUGUAUUGAUGUAUUUAUAUAAGCGGGUAUUUCCGAACUGGACUUAUGAACCAUUAUUCUUAACUCAAAUGUCUGAAAAAGACGACAAUAUGAACAUAGAUUAAUAAUGAAAAUUUCAUCUAGAUAAUUAUUAUAUAAUUCAAGUUGAUUCAGUAAGAGAACCUAAAAAUUAUCCAAUUUAUUUUCAUUUUAGUUACUUAUAUAUAAAUAAUGAUAUAUAUUGGGUUGGCAACUAAAUGAUUGCGGAUUUUGGUUUUCUUUGAAAUCAACUAAGUGAUUGUGGAUUUCAAAUAAGAAGGAAAUCAAAAUCCGCAAUCACUUAGUUGCCAACCCAAUAGUAAUAUUUAUUAUAUAGUAUCCGUUCGGAUAAAAAUUCAGAUAUUUUACUCAAAUGUGAACAAGAGUCGACUAAUAAUUCGUAAAAUCGGAACUUUUACGAAUUGAAGAAGAUAACUUUUCGCUAUGCUUAUUCCCAGAGUGCUGCGAUUUUGCAUGAUAUUAAAGAAAGUAUCAUCAUGAUUUUUAUCUUGUGUAAAUGAGAAAAUAAUAGAACGUUUGAAAUCACGACA